GAUGGAUGAGAUUUUAUUGGAGUAUCAAUAUUAAUCAGAAUCUCCUUUAUUCUAGUUUUUGUAUCAAAGAAAAAAAGAAAAUAAAGAAUUCACUAUUGAAGAAUAAUAAUAUUUCAAUCAUUUCAAAUAUACUUUCUUACUUGAAGCAGGUACAGCAUUUGUAUUAAUGCCUUCAACAUUUAUGGCUUAUAAGUAAAUAUAAUUAUCAAAAAUUAAGGUUGAUGUAGGAAUUCAAAUCUAGUAAGGGUGCUUCAUUAAAAUUCUAACGAUAUUGUUAAUUAACUGGGUUAUUUGGAAUUCCAGGAGUGGCUAUAUAUGGAUAUUCCCUCUAUAGAAGAUUUAUUAUGAAAGCACCUUAUUAAAAAGAAUUAGAAGAUAAGUAUUUGAAUGAAUUAAAACCAAAAUUAAAAAUUAUUGAUAGUUCAAAAAAGGAAUGA